AAAAACAAAAUGGCCGCCUCCGGAGGCACGCAAAUGACAUUUGAAAUGAUCAAGUCUUCUCAAAAUAUUCUGCGAUCAGAUGUUCAUUAGAAGACACCCAAGGAGCCACCAUGAGUUCGGACUCUCAAACGCUUCAAGCCAAGUAUCAGAAAUUGGCUGCAGAAUUUGCAAAGCAAAGAGCGCAGAACACGGUUUUAAAGAAGGCAGUUAUCGAGGAACAAGAAAAAACCAAGACCCUUCAGGAAACAUUGCGGCAGAAGGACCAGUCUAUUAGAAAAUAUGAACAGGAGAUUGACAGCUUACAGUUCAGAAAUGAUCAGUUGUCAAAGAGAGUGGCAGUGUUGCAAGAGGAGCUCGAUGAUUAUGAUGGAAAGAACAGAAGAGGAAAGUCGAGGAUUGAUGGUGUGACAAAGGGAGAGGACAAUUUUGUAAAAGAUCAGGAACUUCAGAUAAAAAUUCAAGAAAAUGAGAGACUGCAGCGAGAGUUGUAUGAAACUACACAGGAACACAAAGGAACGAUACUGACCCUUCAGGAAAAGUUGGAAUCAAUUGAAAGGUUAGAAGACGCAAACAAUCAGAAUGUUCUUCUAAUCACUGAAGAGGGCUUAUUUAGCACAAGAGCUUCUGAAGGUAGAGGGUGCCAGCAUAGGCUUACUAGAGAGGGGGGCUUAUUAGAGAGAGGGGGAUUUUUCGGGCAGGGAUACCAUCUUAGCAAAAGGAUUCAUUUGAGGGAGGGGUUUAUUAGAGAGAGAGGACUUACAAGGGAGGGGGACCAAUCAGACAGGGGAACCAUCUUAGUAAAGGGCCUUAUUUUAGGUCACCAGCAACUUAAGCUGUUACACAGAGAGAUGACAUCCAGAUAUGACGAUGUUUCUAAAGUUGUCACAGAAAAACUUCCAUUCAAUGAUACAAGCAUCAGAGAGCUGAACAAACUUAAUGUACCAACACAUGAUCGUAGGCACCAGGUGAAAGCAAAGGAAUUAAUUUGUCAAGCAGUUGAACUCAUUCGUGAGCUUGUAUCAGGAAUGUCAAACUUUCUUACCUACACUGAACAGCGACUCAAGACCUUCUUUAUAGAAUCAGCUCAGCUGCAGAUUAGUCCUGUCACACAGAAGUUCUGUGAGUACCUUCAUGGAAAUGCAACAGUGCUGAGAGCUGUGGAUCAAGCAUUUGUGUCAUUCUACAACAGCAUCAAAACAGACUCUUUGAUUUCUUUGGAAACCAUUCCUGGUUUUUAUGAUUUUUCUGAAGCAUUUCAUAAAUACAGCAACUAUUUAAAGAAGCUUCUUCCUUACUUUGUGUUGAGCACCAGUGAAGAAUGUAAAGCUUCAACUUGUUCCACUACACUAGAAGCCCACAACAAAGCUGUGCUGCACUCUCUAAGAAAGCUUAUCACCGUGUUUAACAAGAUUGACACUUACAUUGGUGUCUUGGCCUCAGCAAGUUCCGGAUCUGAAGGAAUUCUACCAGCCAAUUAUAAUGUUUCCUUUAUGCAUCUUAACUCUGCCCUGCAGCAACUUUAUGAAUGUGUUAAAGUAUUAUCAACACACUUCCAGUCUAAGGUUUCUCUUGAACAUCAGCUGCCAACAGCAACACAGACCCUGAAAAGCACAGACGAAUGCAUCGUUUCUUCUUUAGUGUCUCUGCUAACUGCAAGUGCCAAGCCAUCCCCGGAGUCAGUUCCUUACAGAGUAGCGCUUAAAAAUCACAAGAUCCUGUUAAGUUCGACAGAAAGCAAAGAUUCCUUAGAACAGCAGAUUUCAAUGACUCACGAAAAGCUUUCCAAGCUUGAACAAGCCAAGGAACAUUGGAUGUUAGAAUCUCAACUUUUACAAGUGAAACAUGAAAAAGAAGUCAAGAAAGUACGAGAUCUGGAGGAAGAGAUAAGCAAACUUCAGACUGCCAAAGGAGUACUACCAACAGUAGACGGCCUGUCGUCUAUCUCGGACGAAACUGGAUCCAUUUCAUCACAUUCAUCAUUGACGUCACAUAGUUACGAGGUCCAGGCCCCGCCGUCUGACCUUGGAGGAGUGGCGCUACUCAGCCAAGCCGAGGGAGCAGAGGAAGUAACAAGGGAAACACUGAUCAAAAAUCAUUUUACACAGAGAGUAGCUGAGCUUACUUCACAGGUACAAUUUGCUGAGAGCAAGACUGUAUCCAUAAGUACAGAGUGCCGCGCUCUGUACCGACGCAUGAAACAGGCUGAAAAGACAAAACAAGAACUCGCGAAAAAUCUCAAGACUGCAACCUCCAAAGUCAGCCAACUAGAGGACGAGGUGGAGACAAUCAAGCGAAGCUACGAGACACAGUUAUCAAUGAUGAGCGAUCAUUUGUGCGGAAUGAAUGAGAAGCUCACCUCACAGCAAGACGAAAUAGAGGCCCUUAAGGGUAGUAAGGCGAAAAAGGGAAAACAGCGGUGACGAAGACAGAUUAUAUUUUCAAAUAGAGACAAUAAUAUUGUAAAGAGGAAAAGGUUGCGGAAGGUUUUAUUGAUUUAUGAAAGACAGAUUUUAAAAAUGGCCAUCAAAAUUUAUCAGGAGAAUUAUUAGAUCCGUGAUGCCGUAUAAACAUUCCUAAUAGUAAUAAUUUGAGCUCUUAUAAAUUUUUUUUCAUAAGUGCUUAAAACAGUAGGAUUUGUUACUAUUUUCUCGCAGUUUUUCCAUCUAGUGUCUGUGAUGUUUUUCCUAACUUCUGUUAUCUUUCUUUUAAGAGAAUAUUUCUCCACGGACAAGCUCUCUCUCGAGUCGAGUAAAUUCUUUGCAAAAAAAUUCUCAUUUCCCCGAAUAUACGAACGUCUUACUCAAAACAACAUUUACCCCCAGAGGUUUACACCACAGUGUUUGAGCUUUGUUUUGCUUUUCCUUUUUUAGCUAUGUACCAAAAUCACUUUCAUCUAUGGAAUAUUAUGUACUUGUUGACUGAGUAGGAGGGCUGGACGGGUCAAAAUAAUUGGCUGGAGGUUAUGACUUCGCUCGAUCCAUGAAUCAUGGCCGAGAGCCAAAUAUUGCCUUUCGGCCCGAUCAAACUCAGUCAGUCAGCAUUGAAAAUUUAAGGAGAAGUUGCAUGUUGAUCAUCCGUGAAGGUUAGGGCUGUAAAUCAGUUGCACCCGGCCAUAACGAAACUUCGGGUCAGUUGAUGAUAGCUUUCACAAGAUCGUGUCAACAAUCCUGUAACUUUGAACAGCUUUGUAAGAAAUUUUUGUAUUAGAAUUCUACGGAUACUCAGUAAAACUUGAUAAUUUUUUUUAAUUUAA